CCCAUUUUCAAAUUAGAUUUUUUAAAGUUUAUUUUGAGAGAGAGUCCUUGAGUGCACAUGUGCAAGUGGGGGAGGGGCAAAGAGAGGGGGAGAGAAUCUCAAGCAGGCUCCAGGGUGUCAGUGCAGAGCCUAUGCAGGGCUCCAACUCCGGAAACUCUGAGAUCAUGACCUGAGCCGAAACCAAGAGUCAGACGCUUAACUGACUGAGCCACCCAGGCACCUAUCUAAUUAGAUUUUUUUACUUGUGUUUUUAGAAUUCUUUAUUCUGGAUCUAGGUUCCUGUCAGAUAUGUCAUUUUCAAUUUUUUCCCCAUUUUGUAUCUUUGCAUUCUCAGUGAACUCUUUUAUAUAACAAAAUUUCUUAAUUUGAUAAAGGCCAAUUUAUUACCUUUUUUUCCUUUAUGGGACAUGUUUUUGGUGUCCUGUCUAAAAAUUCUUCCCAAGGUUUAGGUACUAAAGGUUUUCCCCUCUGGUUUUUUCUAAAAAUUUUAUAGUUUUACAUUUAAGUCUGUGAUUUAUUUUAAAUUACUUUUUUUUUUAAGCUUACUUAUUUUGAGAGGGACAGCAGGGGCAGAGAGAGAGUCUAGAGAAUCCCAAGCAGUCUCUGCAUAGCCAGCUUGCAGUCACAUGCAGAGCCCAGUGCGGGGGUCGGACCCAUGAAACCAUGAGAUCAUGACCUGAGCCAAAAUCGAGCAUUGGACCUCAGCCAACUGAGCCACCCAGGCACCCCUGAAUUACUGUUUAUAUAAUGCAUGAGGUUUGGAUCAAGAUUCAUAUUUUGUGGAUGAUAUCCAAUCACCAUUUGCUGAAAAGACUGUCCUUUCCCCUUUGUCAAGCUUCCUCAUCUUUGUGAAAAAUCAGUUGGAGUUAUUUAUGUGGAUUUAUUUCUGGGUUUCUGUCUUGUUUCAUUGGUGUGUGUGUGUGUGUGUGUGUGUGUUUUCUGCCACACAAUGUUGACUAUUGUAGCUGUUAGGUAAAUCUCGAAAUUGGUUAGACAAAUUCAUCCCACUGUAUUCUUUUUUAAAAAAGUAGUUUUAGCUAUUCUCGUUCCUUUGCCUUUUCCAAAGAAAUGUUACAAAAAUCUUGUCAAUGGCUAUAAAAAAAAACUCAAAAGAAUUUCAGUAGGCAUGAUGUUAAAGUUUCUUUUGAAACUAAACAUACAGGGGCACCUGGGUGGCUCAGUUCAGCAUCCCGCUCUUGAUUUCAGCUCAGGUCAUUGAUCUCAUAGUUCCGGGGAUCAAGCCCCACAUUGGGCUCUGUGCUGACAUCCUGGAGCCUGCUUGGGAUUGUCUCUCUCCUUCUCUCUCUGCCCAUGUCCUGCUUGCAUGCACAUGCAUGUGCUCUCUCAAAAUAAACAUGAAAAAAAUAAACAUACACUUGUCGUGCUACCCAGCAAUCAUACUUCAGGACUUUUGCCCCAGAGAAAUGAAAACUCUGUUCACCAAAAGUCUAUAUACACAGGUGUUUAUAGCAGCUUUAUUUGAAACAGCCUCAAACUGGAAACAACCAAAUGUCCUUCGAUAGGUGAUUGACAAAGCAAAUAGUGGUGUACCUCUCUAUCCCAUGGAAUGCUACUCAGUGAUCAAAAGGAACAUACUAUUGAUAACUGGCAACAACUUGGGUGGAUCUCAAAAAGAGUGUUAGACUGCUGAAUCCAAAAAGUCACAUACUAUAUGAUUCUACUUAUAUGACCUUCUCAAAAUGACCAAAUUAGAGAUGAAGAACAGAGUGGUGGUUGCUGGGACUUAGGAAUGGUAGAGAGGAAGGAAUGGGUGUGACAAUUAAAAAGGAUAGAGAGGAAGAGCUUUGUGUUGAUGAACUAGUUUUGUAUCUUAUUCACUUGCAGUGGUGGUUACACAAAUCUGCACAUGUGAUAAAAUGGCAUAGAACUAUACAUACACUUGCACCAAUGUCAGUGUCCUGGUUUUGAUACUGUAUGUGAGAUGUCACCAUUGGGGGAAACUGGUUAAAGGAUUUCCUCCUGUUUCAUAAUCAGCCGGAACAAUGUUCUACGCACAUUUUGUUCUCAGUAAGAGAGGGCCUCUGGCCAAAAUUUGGCUAGCGGCCCAUUGGGAUAAGAAGCUAACCAAAGCCCAUGUGUUUGAGUGUAAUUUAGAGAGCAGUGUGGAGAGUAUCAUCUCACCAAAGGUGAAGAUGGCGCUCCGAACAUCAGGACAUCUCUUACUGGGAGUAGUUCGAAUCUAUCACAGAAAAGCCAAAUAUCUCCUUGCAGACUGUAAUGAAGCAUUCAUUAAGAUAAAGAUGGCUUUUCGGCCAGGUGUUGUUGACCUACCUGAAGAAAAUCGAGAAGCUGCUUACAAUGCUAUUACCUUACCUGAAGAAUUUCAUGACUUUGAUCAGCCACUGCCUGACUUAGAUGACAUAGAUGUGGCCCAGCAGUUCAGCCUGAACCAGAGUAGAGUGGAAGAAAUAACCAUGAGAGAAGAAGUUGGGAACAUCAGUAUUCUACAAGAAAAUGAUUUUGGCGACUUUGGAAUGGAUGAUCGUGAGAUAAUGAGAGAAGGCAGCGCUUUUGAGGAUGACGACAUGUUAGUGAGCACUAGCGCCUCUAACCUCCUGUUAGAGCCUGAACAGAGCACCAGCAAUCUGAAUGAGAAAAUUAACCAUUUAGAAUAUGAAGACCAAUAUAAGGAUGACAAUUUUGGAGAAGGAAAUGAUGGUGGUAUAUUAGAUGACAAACUUAUAAGUAAUAAUGAUGGUGGUAUCUUUGACGAUCCCCCUGCCCUGUCUGAGGCAGGUGUGAUGUUGCCAGAACAGCCUGCACAUGAUGAUAUGGAUGAGGAUGAUAACGUAUCAAUGGGUGGGCCUGAUAGUCCUGAUUCGGUGGAUCCUGUUGAACCAAUGCCAACUAUGACUGAUCAGACAACACUUGUUCCAAAUGAGGAAGAAGCCUUUGCUUUGGAACCUAUUGAUAUCACUGUCAAAGAAACAAAAGCCAAGAGGAAGAGGAAGCUGAUUGUUGAUAGUGUCAAAGAGUUGGAUAGUAAGACCAUUAGAGCCCAGCUCAGUGAUUAUUCUGAUAUUGUCACUACUUUGGAUCUGGCACCACCCACCAAGAAAUUGAUGAUGUGGAAAGAAACAGGGGGAGUGGAAAAACUCUUCUCCUUACCUGCUCAGCCUUUAUGGAAUAACAGACUACUGAAGCUCUUUACACGCUGUCUUACACCACUAGUACCAGAAGAUCUUAGAAAAAGGAGGAAAGGAGGAGAGGCUGAUAAUUUGGAUGAAUUCCUCAAAGAAUUUGAAAAUCCAGAGGUUCCCAGAGAGGACCAGCAGCAGCAGCACCAGCAGCGUGAUGUUAUCGAUGAGCCCAUUUUGGAAGAACCAAGCCGCCUCCAGGAGUCCGUGAUGGAGACCAGCAGGACAAACUUGGAUGACUCAGCCAUGCCCCCACCACCUCCCCAGGGAGUGAAGCGAAAAGCAGGACAAAUUGACCCAGAGCCUGUGAUCCCUCCCCAGCAGGUAGAGCAGGUGGAAAUCCCCCCUGUAGAGCUGCCCCCAGAAGAGCCUCCAAAUAUCUGUCAGUUAAUUCCAGAGUUAGAACUUCUACCAGAGAAAGAGAAGGAGAAAGAGAAGGAGAAGGAAGAUGAUGAGGAGGAGGAGGAUGAAGAUGCUUCUGGAGGUGAUCAGGAUCAAGAAGAAAGAAGAUGGAAUAAAAGGACUCAGCAGAUGCUUCAUGGUCUUCAGCGAGCUCUUGCUAAAACUGGAGCUGAAUCUAUCAGUUUGCUUGAGUUAUGUCGAAACACAAACAGAAAGCAAGCUGCAGCAAAAUUCUACAGUUUUUUGGUUCUUAAAAAGCAACAAGCUAUCGAGCUGACACAGGAAGAACCAUACAGUGACAUCAUUGCAACACCUGGACCAAGGUUCCACAUUAUUUGAGCAGCUAGAAGCAUUAUAGCUAGUGUUCAUUUCACUAGUGUAUACAAAUUGCCCCCAUGUGUAGGGCACACAAAACCCUUUGAGAAAAUUUAGAUUUUUGUCUGUACAAAGUCUCUGCCUUUUUCUUCAUUUUCCAGUAUUUUAAAUUUAUCAGUUUCAUCUUUAAGGGAAACUGCUCAUAUGGAUGUGUUUGUGUUCUGAUGGAGAAACAAGCACACCCGAGGACCCAGAAGAUCAUUUUAACAGUUCAGAACAGUUGUGUGCAAUAUUGGCGCAUGUGAUGAUGAGUAGCAGUUGAAAGUCGGGAUUUUUAUCUUAGUUCUCCAUUAUUGCAGUGGAAAGGAAAACAUGUCAGGAAAAAAACGCUGGACAGUUAAUUAAGAACUAUGGUGUGAGUCUUUGACAGAAAGAAGUUGUCUUUUCCCACUAGUAACACUGGCAAUCUUAACACCUAUUUUUAGGGAUGGUGCCCAAAACAAAUUGUCCUCUUGAGAUACAUUUUAAAGUGUAAUUCCAUAAUGACCAAGAGGGCGUGUGAAAUUGUGCUAUAUAUAAGUAAAACCUUUCAGCUACAAAAUGAUAGAACUUGGUUUAAAGUGUUCUAUUUUGUAAGUCAUUCCAUUUGAAACUUUUUAAUGAACCUGACUAUCCUGAAAUCUGUUGUUUUAGUGAGGCUCUAAAAUGAGCCAAAGUAGACUUUUUAGAGUAGAAUAAAUAUAAAAACAUUUUAUAACUUUCCAGAAGCUAUAAAUCAAAGUUUUAAAAAGAUGUUUGGAUAUAUUUGAGUAUUCAGAUCAUGAAAAUAGAAAUUGCUAUGCCAACUGAAAGGACAGACUGAUGGGAAAUUGUACACCUGGUUGACUUAGCCCUUAAGCAGACAAUGCUGUUAAUAACUAAUGGCUUCUCUGAUAUUUAUUACAAGUUUUAGUACUGAUCUUUUCCCAAUGCUGCACACUCCUAUGUUUGGAACUUUAUUUUUAAUGGCUUUGCAACAGAAAUCCUAUAUCCGGUUUCCUGUAAUUUAAGAAAAACAUCCAAAUAAAGGCUUUAUUAUUAACAGACCAGAUAGCACCAGAAAUUAUGUGACUAUUAUGAUUCUCAAAAUAUGUCUUAACUUUUUAGGGCAAAAUUACACUGAAAGUUCUAGCUUAAAUGUUGGCACUUUUGUGGAAAAAAAUCACUUUUCAAACUCAGACUUCAGUGUAUACCCAAUAAUUUUAAAUUAUGUGAAAUGUUUUAAAUUAGUGAACUCGUAAUUACUGUUUUGAUGAUUCAGUUUCUUGAGAAUGGUAAUUGUAUAAAAUUGCUAUUGCAGCUUUAUUUUCAAUAUGUGCCUGUAAACCAUGGAUUUUUCUCCCUUUGUAAAAAGUCAUUGUAGAUAAUUGAAUGUUUGAUUAUAGAAAGGUCAUUAGUUUCUUGUUAACACAUUUUGUUAGUCUGGUUUUGUUGCUUAUCGGGUUUAAUAUUGUUCUUGAAAAUAGUUGAUGCUAUGUUAUGUAUAACUUUUCUAAUAAAAGUUGUGUUAUAAGCUGUAAA